GCCUGUCUUUUGAACGAAUCAAUUUGAAGUCAAUGGUAAAUUGAAAUUUAUUUGUGUAAUGCAAUUUAUUUUGAAUGUAAUGUUUAUUGUUUAGCUUAUUUUCUAUACAUACGGUGCAGUAUAAUGUCCAUAGAAACGGUGCCAAAAGAAUUACGCGGGUUGCGAGCAUGCCUGGUCUGCUCUUUAAUAAAGACAUUUGACCAAUUUGAAUAUGAAGGCUGUGACAAUUGUGAUGAAUUUCUUCGCAUGAAAAGUAACAAAGAUAAUGUCUAUGACUGCACAAGUAAUAACUUUGAUGGAAUGAUUGCAGUAAUGAAUCCUGAAGACAGCUGGGUUUGCAAAUGGCAGCGAAUUAGUAGAUUUUGUAAAGGAGUUUAUGCAAUAUCUGUUUCUGGAAGGUUGCCAGCAGGUGUAAUAAGAGAAAUGAAGAGUCGAGGUAUUGCCUAUCGCCCAAGGGACACAAGCCAGAGAUAAAAAUGUUUAGUAUUAAUGUAAAAUAAAAAAAUGUAUUAAUACUUAAUUAAAAUAAAUUGUUCAGAGACUAAUAAUGUUAAA